AUGGCUAUCGGUGCUCACCAAUUAGUUGCAGCCUGCCAUGUACUUCUUACAGCUUGCAAUUCAGCUAUGGGGGAAUUGUCACAUGACCCAUUGGCUCUACUUCACGACUGGACAAUCGAACCGCCCAAUCUCAUUGAGGACAACACUUGGAAGUCAACCCCGGCACCAGAAGCUAAACCUAGUAGUUCAUACGCCACGCAAAUUUUAAAAGAACCAGACACCGAGUUGGAAGCCAGAAGAAAAGGUCUCGGUGUUUCUUCGAUGAUUAUGAAUCAUGACGCUCCAUCGCUUCCACUGCCCAGUGGAGAAACUCAUUUUGGAAGAGCUUUCGACUAUCAGGAGCUAACAGGCAGGAAUAUAGGAGUUCAUACAAAAUAUAUGGACCACUUCCCGACAUACAAUCACCCAUCAGCUUCGGUCCUGGCUCCCACCACUCCACUCACUGAAGAUCAUCCAAAUGUUUAUUCGUCGAAAACGCAGAUGAACGGGCUUGUAGACUCCACAUCAUUGGAUCGGAAAUGGAAACCCGUUUCACAAAGUGUCGGUCCAAGUGCUCAUGAUUCGGGAAGUCUACCAGAGACUGCUGCCCAUGCUAUAAAGCACAGAAAGAUUUUCAAAUUCCCAUUUGCGUUAGCUCCAAGUAACCCACCCUUGGGCUCUAAGAAACCUAAGCUCGAUCAGCCCCCGAUUAAUUUUGAAUUGCGUCCUAGAAUCAAAAACGAACCAGGAGUGAUAGACCACGACAGUACCUCAAGUCACCCGAAUCUGCGAUUCUCAGGAGAAAUACUCUUCAUACCCCCGAGAGAAGAAUACAAAUACGUAGGGUACAUGAACGACUGUCGAAGUUUCCAGGCUCGGACAUUUGUGGCUAGAAUUUUGGGAAAAACGGAGUGGGAUCGAUUUGAUGAUCGACUUUCGACGAGACAAGAUGGAUGUGCUCCGGGAUAUGAGACAGCUAUACGUCUUGUUUCUAUUUUUUGUCGACAUGAUCAACACAACCACCGAAACAAAUCGUGA